GGGGAGCCCUUCCAUCGCCUCUGGUUUUGGUUAUAUUCAACCUACAAACGCUGCUCAUUCAAUCCGUCUCCCUUCCCUCCAGUACCUUUCUUUGCCCGACUCUCAACUUUCUCCCUCUUUGUUGUUGAGAGUCAACAAAUUUGCUCUCCUCAUGCUUAUCAUCACCUUCUUCCAAAUCCCGUCACUUCCCAACUAAUCUCCCUCUUUCUCUUGGAAGAUUGUAGGUCAGUAGUCAGUAAGAGAUUCUUACUGCCUUUUCCCCGCUUUUUCUUCCUUCAAAACCUCCUCUUUGUGACUUAGUCAUGGAGGCAAAUUUCCUCAAAUCCACGUUCAUGGUAAAUGCUUCAUGCAGCAAGCGAGGGAACUGCAGAAAAUUGCCAUGGAAGAAGGAUACCAACCUUUGCCACCAUACCAUUAUCACCUUUAGAUCUCAUGGCGUGCCUCACUUGCAGUAUAAGAAGUCAACUGGCACCUUCAUUUACCAGGAAGAGGCAACCAGCGAAAAGAUUAAACAAGAUGAUCAGCUGUUGAAGCCCAACGGGACAAAGAUGAUGAUGACUCAAGAAGGCAUAGGCAUUGUGAGGUUCCUCAAAGGCAAGAAUUUUCUCAUUACAGGAGCCACUGGUUUUGUUGCAAAAGUUUUCAUUGAAAAGAUUUUGAGGACAGAACCAGAAGUGGGGAAUCUCUAUCUUUUGAUAAGGUCAAAAGGCAAUGUUACUGCAGAGGAUAGGCUAAAGAAUGAAAUUAUAAAUUCAGAGUUGUUUAGGUGCGUAAGAGAAACCCAUGGAAGCAACUACGAGGAUUUCAUGCUGAACAAAUUGGUGGUUGUUGAUGGAGCUGUUACAGAUGAUGAUCUUGGAAUGGAGGAAGCGGUGGCAAUGGAGCUCUCAGAAAUUGUGGAUGUCAUUGUAAAUUCUGCUGCUAAUACAACAUUCGAUGAGAGAUAUGAUGUUGCACUAGACAUAAACACUAGAGGCCCAUACAGGCUCAUGAAAUUUGCUGCAAAGUGCACGAGACUAAAGCUUUUCCUUCAUGUAUCAACUGCUUUUGUUAAUGGGCAAAGGAAAGGUAGGAUCACAGAGCAGCCAUUCAAAUUAGGAGAUAGCAUUGCAAGGGAGAGAUUCAGGUCAUCAUCAUCUGCACCUUUGUCGACAUCAAAUUCUUCACCUUCACUAAGAUCAUCGUUACUGAAACUUGACGUUGAAGCUGAAAUCGAGUCGGCGUUGAGAAAUCCAGUGAAUUUGCAAGAUAAACAAGAGACUCAAAAAAUGAAAGAGUUUGGCUUAGAAAUGGCUAAAACUUAUGGAUGGCAAGACACUUAUGCUUUCACAAAAGCAAUGGGAGAAAUGGCGAUUGAAAUCAUAAAAGGAGAUGUGCCUGUGGUCAUUAUUAGGCCUAGCGUUGUGGAGAGCACAUCCAAUGAGCCAUUUCCAGGAUGGAUGGAAGGAAACAGAAUGAUGGAUCCUGUCAUUUUGUAUUAUGGAAAGGGUCAAAUUUCCUGCUUCUUGGUAAAUCCCAAGGGAGUUAUUGAUGUGGUUCCAGCAGAUAUGGUAGUGAAUGCAAUGCUUGCAGCGAUGGCUAAGCAUGGUGCUAAAGGCAAGCCGGGCACCCAUGUAUAUCACGUUGCUUCCUCAGUUACCAACCCUCUUAUAUUCGAAGACCUGGCGAAGAUGCUGUAUGACCACUUCAGCUCGUCUCCAUAUGUAGACUACAAAGGAAGGAAGAUCGGAGUUCCAGAGAUGAAGCUCUACGUUUCUUGGGAUGAUUUCUCAGACCAUAUAUGGAGAGAUUUCAUGGAGAGGCCGGGAAAUUUGGCAGCUAAAUCCUCAGCGAAGCUCUCCCGGAGGAUCGAAAAUGUGCUGCUCAAAUCAGUUGAGCAAGCCAAAAACUUGGCAAAGAUAUAUGAACCCUACAGUUUUUAUAGAGGAAGGUUUGACAACUCAAAUACUCAGCAAUUAAUGGAAGAAAUGUCGGAGGAAGAAAGGAAAGCAUUUGGAUUUGAUGUGGUUAACAUAAACUGGAAGGAUUAUAUAAUCAAUGUUCAUAUUCCAGGUCUCAGAAGCUAUGUCAUGAAGGGCAGAGGAACUUCUAAACGCCCAUGACCACCUAAUAGCCUGUAACAGUGGCCGUAAGGAGAAAAGAAAGGGAAAAUAUUGGAUGUAGAAGCCACCUUCUUCAAUUUUUUCUCCUUUACUCUUGAAUAUAUAAUCUAUUGAAGGGUUUCGUGAUUUUA